UCAAGUAACCUUCAAAGGGCCUCUCAACCCCCACCCAACAGGGAAUCACAUUGUAGUGCAGGUCAAAAAGAUGAGCUUUUCAGGGAACAGUCCUCUCAAGCAGUACACUUGGCUGUGUUUGCAUCUCUUCUUCUUCUGCAGGACAUCACAUGGAUUCAGCAAGUCACCCUGAGGAAAAUGAGUUGCAGUAACAGUUUCGCUCAGGUGCAAAAAGUGGUGGUGGAGCAGCUUCGGCUGGAGGCAAGCAUGGAGAGGAUUAAGAUCUCCCUCACAGCAGGAGACCUGGUCCAGUAUUGCCAGGAGCACAAGCGCAGCGAUCCUCUCCUCACCCGCGUCGCUGCCUCUUCCAACCCGUUCAAAGAGAAGAAGUCCUGCGUGCUGCUUUGAGACUCCUAAUUUGAGAUGACGCACUCAGCGGGAGAUUUGGCCGUCAUUUGACGUUAACUUCAAAAUCUGUACCGUGCUUGUGUAGCCUGAUCCGCAUCAUUUCAUUUGAAUGCUCUGUAAGUGAAACCCUUUUCUGAAAAUAGGAUUGGAUUGUAAUAGUGUCACACUGAGGAAAAAAAAAAAAAACCCAUACAUCUUGAAUAUUGUGUAAAA